AGCACCGAGGAAGGACUCAUCACAUGUUAAGACGGGUUGAGAAUCUAAUGGAGAUCAAUGUGUGGAUCUGCUUUUCUGAACUGGCGGAAUGCGUAUCUGAAUGCAGAAAUAUAGAUCAGCUUGAACUUCAAUAACAGAAGGGACUUUAUUUAGAGUCACCCUUUCCUUAAAAAAUCUUUUUGAAAGUGGGAGUCCACAACACAACAACUACAUCAGUGCUUAGAAUAUAUAUAUGGAGUUAUUUUCGGUUUAUGAAGAAACUGCAUUAGUUGCUUUUAUCAAGAGUCUGAAUAUGAAAUCCUACAUAUCAGGCUGUGUAGAUUCUGGUUCUGGCUCAGAAACAGGUUCCAAAUGUGAGCCUGGAACCGAGACGGUCGAGAGAGUGACCAGGAGGAGAAUGGCAGCCAAUGCCCGGGAGAGAAAGAGGAUGCAGGGUCUGAACUCAGCCUUCGACCGGCUGCGCAAGGUGGUGCCUCAGUGGGGGCAGGACAAGAAGCUCUCCAAGUACGAGACCCUGCAGAUGGCCCUCAGCUACAUCAUGGCCCUGAACAGCAUCCUAACGGACGCAGAGCGCUACAGGAGCAGCUCACAGAGGGAAUGGCUCAACCAGCAGAUUGAGCAUUUCCAGCAGGCGAACUACUCCUAUCUAUAGAAUGGAUCCUCAGCUGAGCUUGAGGAAUACACAGAGAGGUUCUUCUCCUACCAGCCAGAGAGAUUCCAAAUAGGCAAAUAGAUGACUGGAGAAAACUAUAUUAUAGAAACUAUUGACUAAAAGAAAUAUUUAACAGAGAAACAAAACUAUUUUUAUCACCAGAUAUUUUGAUGUACAUAUAUUGACAUUUGUAAAAUAAAUAAAUAAAUAAAUAACAUUCAUUUAGUAAAUAUAAUUAGAAAUUAUACAGUUCUAGAAAACAAAUGCAAAUAUAUUUGUGAAAAUAAAUUCAUAUAAUAAUAUUCCUAGUUGCACCGAAAAACAAACAAGCAAAUAAAAAAAUAACUUAAGAUAUUUAUACAAAAAGGCAAUGUAUGCUAUGAUUAAGAUAUUGACAAAGACUUUUUCUAAAUGUGUUACUACUGUAAAACAAAUGUGGCACUACAGUAUAUUGUAUGAAUAUGUGUAAUUGAUAAUGUUGCUAUUGGAAUCCAGCUCUGAAAUUAAAAAGUGUAUGUAUUCAAAUUGUGUAUGUAUGUUUUACCAAAACAUGCUCCCCUAUUUAUCAAAACUGUUUACAUCAGGGUGCAAUACAGUAUGUACCAUAUUGUUGUGACAGGGAAAUAAUAAAUGGUAAGCCAUGUUGGACCACAGCAUUGGGGAAUACACAGCUGAAGAACUGUCUUUAACAUUUUAUGCAUCAUUUUUUUUUUUUUAAAUGAUAAAUGUUACAAAAUGAGCAACCUAAUUGCAUUUCUGAGUGGAUUACUUAUGUAGUAGUUUUUGUAACAUUUAUUGAAUAACUAGCAGAUAAAAUGGGGCAAAUUGUAUACUUUGGAAUAAAAUGCUUGUACACUGUGUUCUUAAAAGUUGCUAGAUUUUUAUUUAAGUUUGACUCCUUCGAACAUUGUAAGUCAUUGUUUUAUACUGUAUUUGCAUAUGUUUGCAUGUAGAAUCAUUUUGUUUAUCAUUUAAUUAUUUAAUUAUUA